AGAGGAGAGCAACGACACAGCGCCACGAACUUCAAAUACUCCUUCCUCAUACCAUGGCGACUCAAGUAGCAAGCAGCAAUGCCGGAAAUGCGGCAUUCAGGGACAAGGAAAAGCCCAGAGCUGUUCGGACAGCAAAUAUUCUUGCGGCCAGAGCUGUUGCCGAUGCUAUUCGAACCUCCCUAGGUCCCAAGGGCAUGGACAAGAUGAUCCAAACCGGACGCGGUGAAACCAUAAUUACCAACGACGGCGCCACUAUGCUCAAGCAAAUGAGCGUGAUGCAUCCCUCCGCAAAGAUGCUCGUAGACCUUGCACAUGCACAGGAUAUCGAAGCGGGAGAUGGCACUACCUCAGUAGUAGUCCUCGCCGGGAGCCUUCUUGCGGCCGCAGAGCGGUUACUAUCGAAAGGACUGCACCCUACAGUCAUAUCAGAAGCAUUCCAGCGCGCUGCGGCGGCAGCAAUACAUAUCCUGGAUGACAUAUCCAUCCCUGUCUCCCUCUCCGAUCGAUCUGCUCUCCUCAAGGCCGCUUCCACUUCUCUCUCCUCGAAAAUCGUUGCGCAAGAGGCCAAACUACCCAUAAUGGCCGUAGACUCUGUGCUCAAAGUCAUCGACCCCAAGACCGCAGACAAUGUAGACUUGAAGAGCAUAAGGAUUCUAAAGAAGCCGGGCGGAACGAUCGAGGACAGCGAGAUGGUAGAUGGUCUGGUGCUAAACCAGCAAGUGGUCAAGAGCGGCGGAGGACCAACGCGGAUCGAGAAGGCCAAGAUUGGCCUGAUACAAUUCCAGCUCAGCCCACCAAAGCCCGACAUGGAAAACCAGAUUGUCGUGAACGACUACCGGCAGAUGGACAAAAUCUUGAAGGAGGAGCGAACGUAUUUGCUAAACAUGGUUAAGAAAAUCAAGAAGGCGAAGUGCAAUGUUCUGUUCAUCCAGAAAUCGAUCCUGCGGGACGCUGUCAAUGACCUAAGUCUUCAUUUCUUGGCCAAGCUGGGCAUACUCUGCGUCAAGGACAUUGAGCGGGACGAGAUCGAGUUCAUUUGCCGAAGCACCGGCUGCAAGCCAAUCGCCGACAUCGACUCCUUCACCGAAGACAAACUCGGCUCCGCUGACCUGAUCGAGGAAGUCCAAGCCAACGGUGCCCGCAUCGUCAAGGUCACUGGGGUCAAGAACUCCGAAAAAACCGUGUCUAUCAUCUGCCGUGGUGCCAACAGCCUCAUCCUCGAGGAGACCGAGCGCUCUCUCCACGACGCCCACUGCGUUAUCCGCUGCCUCGUCAAGAAGCGCGGCCUCCUCCCCGGUGGCGGCGCUCCCGAGAUCGAGAUCGCGCAUCAACUCUCCAAGCAGGCGCGUGAGCUUACCGGCACCGAGUCCAUUUGCUGGAAGGCGUUCGCGGAUGCCAUGGAGGUGAUCCCGACCACGCUGGCUGAGAACGCUGGUCUGAAUUCCAUCAGAGUCGUGACGGAGCUCAGGCACAGGCAUGGCCAGGGCCAGCAGAACGCCGGCGUUAGCAUCAAGAGCGGUGGUGUUAAGAAUGAUAUGGCCGAGGAAAACGUGCUACAGCCGCUGUUAGUCAGCACAAGUGCGAUUGAGUUGGCUGCGGAGACAGUCAAGAUGAUCCUGAGGAUCGACGAUAUCGCUUUGUCGAGGUAGGCGGUGUAGGGUAAAAUAGGAGGCUGGAGUAGGUGUCCUAGACUCGAAGGCAAAAUACCAUGGUUGUGAAAAUAAUACAAUCAAUGAAUGAGAAUAACACAAUCCAAAUGUGCAUGUCGUCAGAUUGUCGAGAUCUUUAGGAGAGGCCUUAAGCCCGUGAGCUGUGAGCACACUUGAAUACUACUCUCUCAAGAUCC